GUAAAAAAUAAGGCUAUUUCGAAAGCUGUAACCGGAAACGGAUUAGAUAAUAUGUAUGACUUGACACCAGUAGGUUUAGAUGAUCGUUAAUAACUGGGGCUCCCCGGGAUUGUUCACAACAACAGAGGAAGGCGCACCAGCUCUGACCAAAUACAGCCGAGUCGCGUUUGUCAGGUCCUGUUUUGGAAGCAGACAAACGGAAACUAACGUUAACGCGUUCCUGCUGCUUGUCCUGCUUCUUCUUUUCUGAUAGCUAUUGUUUGUACCGAGCUAGCUUUGUCCUUGGGUUGCUGAAAUAUAUUUACACAAAUCGUUGUGGAAUAUGGCUCAGCAUGGACAUCAUGUAGCCAGUUCCCAAAAAGCACUAAUGCUGGAGAUGAAAAGUCUCCAAGACGAGCCAGUCGAAGGGUUCAAAAUAACUUUGGUGGACGAGUCGGACAUGUACAACUGGGAAGUAGCGAUAUUCGGACCCCCAAAUACACACUACGAGGGUGGUUAUUUUAAGGCUCGGAUCAAGUUCCCCGUCGACUACCCAUACUCUCCACCUGCUUUCCGCUUCCUCACCAAAAUGUGGCACCCAAACAUUUAUGAGAACGGGGAUGUGUGCAUCUCUAUCCUGCACCCACCGGUGGACGACCCACAGAGCGGGGAGCUGCCCUCAGAGAGGUGGAACCCCACACAGAACGUCAGGACCAUCCUGCUCAGCGUGAUCUCUCUGCUCAACGAGCCCAACACCUUUUCCCCAGCCAACGUUGACGCGUCCGUCAUGUACCGCAAGUGGAGGGACAGCAAAGGCAAGGACAGAGAGUACAUCGAGAUCAUCAGGAAGCAGGUGCUCGCUACCAAAGCCGACGCAGAGCGAGACGGCGUCAAGGUCCCUGUCACGUUGGACGAGUACUGCGUCCGCACCCAAGUCCCACCCACAGACGACGGCUCCAACCUGUUAUACGACGAUUACUACGACGACGAGGACCUAGAAGACGAUGACGAGGACGACGACGAGGACUGUUGCUAUGACGAGGACGACUCGGGCACCGAGGACUCCUGACCUCGCCUCCCUGUGAUGUCACCCCUGCCCUUCGUCGCCCCCCCGAACCCCACCCCUCCCACCCUCUUCUGUCAUGGACUGAACUUUAAUCCCCCUCCCCCCUCCCGCUCGUUCCUGAACCCCAUCAUCCUCACUUAGCACAGGCCCCCUGUCCACCUGUCACAUGUGCAGUCAACAGUAUGCACACUAAAACCAGAUGCAUUGAAGAAAAGAAAGCUACAGAGUUGUUUUUGUUUGUUUUUCAUGUUUCUUUUUUUUUUAUUUUUCAUUUCUGAGUAGAGGUUACACACAUGAACAGAUUGAGUUUUGACUUCCUUGCCUGCACUGAUAACGAGAACUGGUUUGAAUUCCCCCCCCCCCCUCCCCCCAAAGUGUUUUAUCUCAAAGUCCUUACUCCCUUUUGGCUUUGAGUUGAACAAAGCCUGUCUGAUGGCCAAGUUUCUUUUAAAAAGUUUGGCCAAGGAUUGGGCGCGCCUUUUUAUGAUAUCAUCAGUCGGGAGGAAUGCAACGUCACGAGUCAGAUCAGAGUAAAACAAAGCAGAGGAAGCUAAUUUAGGGCAAACCGGCAUACAGUGCAAUUUUGUGCGUGUGUUUAAAAAAAAAAGAAGCUGAGUCACUUCCGUCUGAGCCGUGCGAGUGUGUUAAAUGUGUGUAUGGGUGUAUGUGUGUGACCUCUGGUUUGAAGCCCCCCGUCACGCUUCACCUCUGACCUUUUUGAGCCGCAGGGCUUGUGCUGCUCCAUACAGGGAAGUUAUCCAUUUCAAAAAGCCGUUCACUCCCUCGUGCCUUCCCUCACUCCCUUUUUUUCCCCCUCACAGACCUGAAUGACUCGUAUCGGGGGUGUUGGUGGGGGUGGGGUGGGCCUCAGGCUCAUAAGGUCUCAGGUGGGGAGAUACUUUGCAAACAGCGCCCUCCUGAUGGAACAACUUUUUAUUUAUAGCAGCACCUGUCAGAUUUGUUCGGGGUGUGUGUGUGUGUGUGUUCGUGUGUGAGUGAGAAAGGUAAGAUCGAACAGCUGAACUGAAGAAUGGAAUGUAGAUGAGAAUCCCACAAACGUCCUCUACCGACCACCACGCAGCCUUCGGUGUACAAGCACGUGCUCCUAGAGGCCCGGACACAUUAAGAAACGGCUCGCCAAGGCUGCCGCUCAUGAAAUCCAAUGUACUGUAUUCAAAAACCUAUGCAGUCAGUGCUUCAAUCUACUUCAUAUGCAGUGCUUUAAACGUGGCAGUUGAGCUGAGCCUUUCAAACAGCGGCCGGAACACCUCGAGCCAGACCGACCUGACCGCUCUCAAGUCCAGGUCUGUAUCUGCUGCAAGGGGCUUCGGACCGACUGCGUCCUUGGUUAGAGA